CCUUUAAGAACACUGUACUAGGGAGUCGGAACGCCUCCCCGGCGGGGGCGGGCGGAGGUACUGGGAGUGAGCGCCGAUUGGUGGAGUCCCCGCGGGAAAUGAGUGAGCGCGAGAAGCGUGCGCGCUCUUGUAGGCGGCGACGGUGGCGGCGAGCGGCGGCGUCAGCUCCUGGCGGGGGGGUGGGGUGGGGGGGGGGAGGUUGACGGCUUCGGGAGGGUGGCGGCAGCGGCGGCGGUGGCGGCGCCUUCCUGUUUGGCCCGUGCCCUUUCUGCUGCGGGAGACUGACGGAGCGCGAGCGAACCAGAGUCGGAAGACGAGGUUGCUGCCUUCUCUCAGACAUCGAAGUAAGGACGAGCCUCCGCCCGGACUCUCUCCCUUUCCCUCAGCCCCCCGGCCCUUCACUACACUCCCGGAGGCGGCGGUCGCAGCGGCGACAUCACCUCACCCCCUCCUCCCCACCGCCCCCUAGCCCUGAGAGGGCCGGCAGCGCUCUAGUUCUCUCUUCACCCCGCCGGGUCGCUCGCUCUCUAAGCCGCCGCCGCCAUGUCCGCGCACGCCCAGAUGCGUGCUAUGCUGGACCAGCUGAUGGGCACCUCCCGGGACGGAGACACUACCCGCCAGCGAAUCAAAUUCAGCGAUGACAGAGUCUGCAAGAGCCACCUUCUCAACUGCUGUCCUCAUGAUGUUCUUUCUGGAACCAGGAUGGACCUGGGAGAGUGUCUGAAGGUCCAUGAUCUGGCUUUGAGAGCAGAUUAUGAAAUCGCCUCCAAAGAACAGGACUUUUUCUUUGAGCUCGAUGCCAUGGACCAUCUGCAGUCAUUCAUUGCAGAUUGUGAUAGGAGAACCGAAGUGGCUAAGAAAAGGCUAGCAGAGACUCAGGAAGAGAUUAGCGCCGAAGUGGCAGCCAAAGCUGAACGUGUCCAUGAACUUAAUGAGGAAAUUGGCAAGUUACUAGCCAAAGUAGAGCAGCUGGGAGCUGAAGGGAAUGUGGAAGAGUCCCAGAAAGUGAUGGACGAAGUAGAAAAAGCCCGAGCAAAGAAAAGAGAGGCAGAAGAGGUCUACCGGAAUUCCAUGCCGGCUUCCAGCUUCCAACAACAGAAACUUCGAGUUUGUGAAGUAUGUUCUGCUUAUUUGGGUCUUCAUGACAAUGACAGGCGACUAGCCGACCAUUUUGGGGGGAAACUGCAUCUGGGAUUUAUUGAGAUAAGAGAGAAGCUUCAAGAGCUAAAGAGAGUUGUGGCCGAGAAGCAAGAGAAAAGAAAUCAGGAACGCCUGAAGCGCAGAGAAGAGAGAGAGAGAGAAGAAAGGGAGAAGUUGAGAAGAUCCAGAUCACAUAGCAAGAAUCCCAAAAGAUCUCGAUCCCGGGAGCAUAGGAGACAUCAGUCUCGGUCUACUUCCCAAGAAAGGAAGAGAACUAGAUCCAAGUCUCAUGAGAAACGGCAUCGUCACAGGUCACGCUCCAGCAGCCGCAGCCACCAGAGAAGCAGGCAUAGCUCCAGAGACCGGAGCAGAGAGCAGUCCAAGAGAAGAUCCUCAAAAGAAAGGUAUUCUGGAGAUAAAGAGAGGUCCUUCCGAGACCAAGAUCUAACAUCACGUGACAAAGACAGGAGCUCGAGGUCACCUCGGGACAGAGAGACAAAACAUAAGAAACGGUCCUAUGAGAGUGCUAAUGGCCGUUCAGAAGACAGAAGGAGCUCUGAAGAGCCUGAAGCUGGGGAGAUUUAACAGGCCAUACCUUUCCUCAGCCCUUUUGCUUCCUGUGGAGUUAUAUAUACACUGUUGUUUAGUUUUCACCUGCUCAAGGCAACCCAGCAAUUCCAGACACCUAUCCAACUAGAUGGAUAGUAUCUAAAGUUUGGCUGUAACUUAAUCUGAACUGAAUCUCUUUUCCUGGAUAAAGGCUAAAGGUACAAACAUAAUUUCUGGUGAGCCCUAAUAUAAUUCUAAAAAGGUUACUCUGAUCAUGGGUGCAGUUUUAUGUAGUAAAUUGCAGAUCUCAGUUUUUAAUUUUUCAGUAGAGAUUAGAGUGGAAAACUUGUGUUAUUUGCCUUGGGCUUUCUUGAAUAUUUGCAGAAUUGUUUUCUAGGCCAAAUAGCAGCAGCUGUGGGAACCUUGUUUUGAUUUCUUCCCCUCCACCUACAUUCUCAAAUUGCAAAGUGGGAAGGGAAAUGGGAAGGGCCAUUAUAAGGUGAGUUAGAAAUUUCUGUUCCCACCAAUUGAUUACUAGUUGGUUACAAUUCAGAGCAUUUAGUUCAGGGAUAUGUAUUCUGGAGAAAAUUGAAAUGUUUGCUUCUCCCCGCCUUUUUUUUUUUUUUUUUUUAAUGGUGCCUAUUUAGACUUAUAAGUUGAACACCUGUUGCAUUACACCUUUUUGCAUUUUUAUUGACAUUUUGAAAUCAAACCUUAUCUUGACUUUUUUGGUUUUGUUACAUUGAAUUGUUAUGUUCAGGUUAUCCUGAGGAUUUUUUCUUAAAUACUUCUUGCUUUUUUUUUUCCUUGAGGAUUGUAAAGGCUACAUUUUUUCAUUGUAAAAAACAAAAAACAAAAUCAAAUCAUUACGUGUGACAUUACGUCACCAUUAAACAACCUGCAUUUUU